UUCAUCUUGCAAUGCUAUAUGUUAAAGCUCGAAAGCGUGAGCUUAGAAUAUAGCGCAUACUCCUUCAUGUUUGAUUUAGGUGUAAGAAGUCAACCGGAUUGUAAUGAUGAAUGUCCUCAAGUCGAUGUUCGGGGUGUGCAGCGGGUCGGGGGAGAAGGGGGAGGUGCACGACACCAUACGACGCAUCUUCGGCAACGAGAUGGUCAUGAAGGAUAACACGGACAAACAUAACCAGAGGUCCAAAUACCUGAGCCACAUACGCGAAAAUCUACCGAAGUUGUUGGACUCCAAAACUGUCAGUCACAAGUCAAAACCUUCCAAGAAACAUGCGCCAAUCGCUCCUGAGCCAAACGAGGCUGCAGAUGAGAGGCCAGGCCGGAUAGGACCGAAGAUUGUAGUCUUCGAUGCUUCUACUGGUACUGGCAGACUGGUUCUAGUUGGAGACGAGCGGGUGAGCGUGCAGGGGUUGUCAAGCUUCGCGACCAUCAGGGCGACGGCGUGCGCGUACGCAGGCAAGUGGAUGUACGAGGUGCAGCUCGGGACUAAGGGGAUCAUGCAGAUCGGCUGGUGCACAUCAGCGUGCACGUUCUCAAUGGACACGGGCGUGGGCGACACGGCCCACUCGUACGCAUACGACGGUGGGCGCAUCAGGAAGUGGAACGUGGCGACCACGCCCUUCGGCCAGGCGUGGCUGCCCGGUGACGUCAUCGGCUCCUGCCUCGACCUCGACAAAGGCACGCUGGCGUUUUAUAGGAACGGGGUGUCAAUGGGGGUGGCCUUCGACAAGGUGGCCCACGGCGCAGGCCUCGCUUACUUCCCAGCUGUCUCCCUCGCCAUGCAGGAGCACCUCUACGCCAACUUCGGACAUGUACCCUUCGUGUUCCCGGUAGACGGUUACGCGCCGCUGCAAUUGCCUCCAACCAAAGAGUGUAAUAGAGCUGCUUUGCUAUUCAAGAGUUUAGAAGCCCUACUGGAUGAGAUGGCCAAGAUGACUGACCUGAAGCCAGCGCUCAAUGUGAAGAACAGUAAGUCAAGGUCAGAGCACUCGAAGACGACAGAGGACGAAGUGGCGCUCCGUAUCCACAGUUCCAGCUCGGUGUACAGCCCCAAGCACUCCCCUCACGCCGUGGUGGACACGCAGAACUCUGAGGUCAAGAAGAUAUCCAGAAAGGCCUUCCUCAUGUCCAUCGCUCGGCUGGUAGUGAUAGAGAUGGGCAACGUGCUUCGUCUAUCAUACGUGGUGGUAGCUGAGCUGCUGCCGAGGAUGCGAGGGGCGCUCGGAGUCAAGUCCAGAAGCAUACAGGUGGAAUCACACGCGCUGGACUUCUAUACGAAGGCUAAGGACGAGAAUUUUGUACACCUGGGAGCGAAAUUCCUAGCACAGCCACAGCCUCGACUGUGUACGAUGUUGGACCUGCUGUGGACCUUCCUGGACGAAUCCGCGUUGUGUGACGUGUUGGAGCACUGUGUCGUCAGGGAGUGCUUGCUGUUUGACCUCGUCUCCCCGGACAUGACGUUCACACACCAGAUCGACUGCGUGUACGUGCUGUGUGGUCUGAUGCAGCACCGGGAGACCAGACAUCACCUCAUCAAAUACGUGUUCUUCAAUAAAAUCACGUUCGACAACUUCCUGAACAUCAAGUGUCCGGACGACACCGUGCUGCGCACUGUCAUCCGCAAGCCGUGGUGGCAACGACCCUGCGCUGUGCACGGCGAAACCGACCCUCGGAUAGCUGAAAUGGCUGAAAAAGGAACUAUCAAAAGGUCUCCAUUUGCACCAUCCGAUUCUGACAAAAUGUCCAAACUGAUGCCAGUGCUGGAUGAUACUGCAUUAGAAGCUCAGUACAAAGAAGACUGUGACAAGAUUACUAAAGCUGUGUCGCCUUUGGAACAUAUACAGCUAGAGUUCCUAUUGAUGCUGCUAGACAACACGGACGGCACGGACAUGGUGCCGUCAUCCAGGAAGAUAUUCAUGGAGAAGUUCCGGCGGUACAUCAUGGACAACUGCAUACUCGAUAUGAGGCUGUUCAACAUUUCCCGCAACUCGCCAGCUAUCUCCUGGUGCUGCCACGCUCGCCUGCUGACGGCCGUGCUGCAGCUGUGGAGUGAGAGCCCUGUUGGAAACCCUCACCUGCCGCCACACCUGCCUGCCAGGACCUUCAUCGAUGGCGAGCUGGACUUCUACAAUGUAGACCGGCUCGGCGGAGUAUUGCCAUUUCUAGUCCGAACGCUGCGACAGGACCUGAUCAACGUGCUUGGCGAGGACAACCCGUUCAUACAGAGCUUCGAGCCCAACUACAACAGAGCAGGAGGUAUUGACACAGGGGUGAGCGACAUGGCGGCGGGCUCCCCAGGGCUGGCCACGCUGCCACAGGUCAUCUCCUCGAUGGCCAGGUUUAUGCACCCACCCAUGCCACCAAUGCCCAACAGAACCACAGGAGAGACGGCAUUGGCACUGAAGGGCACCAGAUCAAUGAUGCCUGGAGCGGGCGCCAUCGACGUGAGGUCAGCCCAGCUGCGGCUCGUGGAUGGACUACUGGCUCUCUACCACGGUGCUGCCAUCAAACACGCUGAAAAGCUGUGCGAACUACGGGACAACAUCCUGGACAUGGCAGACUGUCUCCACGACAUCGAGUUCCGCAUCUACUCUGUUGCAGCAGACCUGCAAGCUGGCGCAAACGGAGAACUAUCUGAACAAGAAAAUAUCAAGAGACAACUGAUGGAGAAAAUCCUGAAAGAGCUCGAAAGAUCCAAAGCUGUUUAUGAGGAGAAGUUAGAAGCGGGCGCGUUACAAAUGGCGUGGGUGAUCGGAGCCAUCUGGACGAAACAACGCCAGUCGGAGCUGGCUAAACACUUCUGCGGUACCCUGCAUUCCAUGCGGCUCGCCUCCGACCCUGACUACGCAGUGCAUACGCAGGUGGCCAGUAAGGAAAUUCUACCAGGCAAGAGUUCCAUACUCGGUGGUACCAGCUACGCGUCGUUGCAGCUGGAAUAUACAUCCAGUUCGGACCAGAGCCCCCAAAGUCCAACUUCAAGAGCUACGACACCACGAAACAGAUCACAUUCUCAAAUCGGAGCUCCAGGAAACACGACAAGCCAGCAAGAGUUUGCCGAGUCCUUGUUCGCCUUCGUCCCGGAGUACCACGUGGACGCCAUGCUGGAGCUAUGCAACACCUUGAGGCUGUACAUGCAUCCGACUGUACCGGUACAACAAGUGCCAGAAUGGGACGAGCUGGUGGUGUCGUGCGCAGCGUUCCUGUGUUCGGAGUUCGCAGACCAGCGGAUAGUGUUGGCGAGCACGCGGGAGUCGCUCGUGCAGACGCUCGCCUCGUUUGCUACGCAGCCAGCGACCAUGCGGGCCAUAGAGAGGGUGCCGAUGAAACAGCAAAUGUGCAUGGUGGAAGAGCUGGUGCGACCGUAUCAGAAUCGUGCGUGGGCGCAGAGCAACUGGGUGCUGGUGCGGUUCUGGCACGGGUCUGGGUUCGGCUUCCGACAUCGACAGUGGCCGCAUCUUGCAGCCAGGUACGGAGACAGAGAGCCAACUAUAAACAACUUGGGGGCCAAGGUGGACGCUGGAUUGAUGAGUCAGUGCUUUGGCCCUUGUCCAUCAGAAGUGAUCCAGUCCCGGAUCAAGGACUACCUAUCUGCACAUCCUAAAGAAGCCGCAGCGUUCUUCAACUCGCUACUCAGUCAGCUGAACUGGGCAUUCUCAGAAUUUAUCACCAUGAUGCAGGAGAUGGACCGCGUCAGCAUAGACGCUCACCUGGAGUCCCGUCAGAUCAAGCUUUGCGCGACAUGUUUUGACCUGUACCACGGCCUGGCCCGCGCGUUGGAGAUGAUCCUCCACUUGGCACCGAACCUGCUCACCAAGCCUGAGGCCUGCGACAACCAGAACGAACUGCUCUUGGGGAGAACCUGUCAGAUUCUAAUGGCAGUGGUGUCUCGAGUAUGCGUGCGCGGCGGCGGCGGCGCGGGAUUCGCUCGCCUGGUGGCGCGGGGGCUGCCAGACACCGACAGAGUGCACUACUAUGUUGCGCUCGCGCCGGUAGCUGGCUGCCUCAUCAGGAUGAUGGACCCUAAGCUCAGUGCUGAUCACCUGGACAAGGUAACAAAGGCGUUGGUGACGGAACCACUGUUUCGCGUCGAUGGACUCGAGUUCAUGCUUGGAAAGUCCAAGGAUAGCAAACACUUCUCAUUCUACAAGUAUCCUGACGAUGUGACGGUAGACGAACUAAAAGCGCUGGAGAUAGUUGUGGAUCGUCUGCGCAUUGCGCGUGAGACGCUGGUAAAGGCGAAGUCCCCGGGCUCCAGCGGGGCGCAGUCCGACUUGCUGUGCACCAUCUGCUACGCCAGGCCUGCGGACACCGCCUUCGUGCCGUGUGGACACCAUUCUUGCAGAGCGUGUAUAAUGCAGCAUCUACUGAAUAGCAAGCAAUGUUUCUUCUGCAAAGCGGAGAUAGAGUCGGUACGAGAGAUAGAACCAGCAGCUAACAACUGAACACUUAGCUCAUACAAUGUCUUAUAUCCACUAGUACUUAUUUGAAUUUAUCGUUCUUGCGUAGUUUGGAAGUAUUACCAUACUUCACCUACGCACCGCUACCUACGAAAGGUGCCCCUUUCAGAGAUUUUACAAAAGCUUUUGACAACAUCUUCGCUAGAUAAAAAGUGAUAUUUCUUUUCACAUGCCUUUUGAUUUUCAAUUUGAAAUACUUUAUUAAAAAGUUGCAGAUAUGGAAUUGAUCAGAAAUUAUGAUUCAUGCAAUAUUUUUAACA